GUCAACUAAGUUGGUCUCAUGAAUUAGCCGCAUCUUGCAUAGAAAAGGAGAGACAAGAACCGAAACUAGAACAUACAGAACAGUAGAAGAUGGCAUUUCCAACGGGUAUGUCAGGAUUCUCUGCUAAAUCUGGCCUGAGGCCAGAGACGACAAGUGAAGACAUUUUCUCAGCUUCGAAGGAUGGGGACGAACUCUACUGUCGCGAGUGGAUCAUGAACCCCGAUAAUGACAUCAACAUUACGGAUCAGCAUGGCUUUACACCGCUACACUAUGCCUGCAUGUACGGCUACCCCAACAUCAUUGAGGCAUUUUUCGUGAGGGGGGCCAAGACGGACAUAGUCAACAUGGGUGGAGACUCCCUGCUCCAUGUGGCCUCUCAACACGGCAAGUAUGACAUGGUUGUCAAGAUUUUGAGAUCCAAUCCCGAUGUGAACUUGGCCAAUGAGCAUGGGAACACUCCCCUUCAUUACGCAUCCUUCUGGAACUACAUUGGUAUCUGCGAGAUGCUUGUGAAGAAUGGAGCUCUCAUUGUAAUGUCCAACAAGUACGGAGAUACUCCCUUGUCCAAGGCACGCCCCAGACUGAGGAAGAAGCUUGAAGCCCUUGCUGCGGAGUUUGAUCAAAGCCUGGUCAUUGUACCCCACAAGAAGGUUCGGCCAAUGAGGAAGAAUGACUACCUUGACUUCAAGCAGCGACAGGCAGAGGUGGAGAAGAGCCAGGUCACAAUGUCUAUCAAGAUCGGCCAGGGAUCUUAUGGAGAGACGUGGAAAGGCUCGUGGAGUGGUCACACUGUGGUGGUGAAGAAGCUCAAGACAAAGGGAGAUGUCUUUAGAUCCACUCUGAGGGAGAACUUUCAUCAUGAGUACACACGUCUCAGGAUAUUCAACCAUGAUAACAUCCUUCCUCUCAUUGGUGUCAUCAUAGAGCCGCAGGUUCACACUAUAGGCAUCUAUAUGAAGCUGGGCUCCCUCUAUUAUAUCCUCCAUGAUAUCGAGUCGGAGAUCAAAGUGAAUCUAGAGGAAGGCAUCAAGUUCUGUAGGGACAUAUGUCAUGGGAUGGCCCAUCUUCACUCACUUGAUCCACUCAUCAAGCAUUUUGACCUCAACCCCCAUCACGUCUUUGUCGAUGAGGAUCUGACUGCUAAACUUGAUCUCCCUCACACUAGGUUCUCUUUCAUGGACAAUGAUAAGGUCUUCAAGCCCAGCUGGAUGGCCCCUGAACUUCUCCAGCACCGCCCUGAAGACUUUGACAAGAAAGCGGCUGACAUGUACAGCUUUGCUAUCAUCCUCUGGGAGGUGUCUACUGGGAAGAUUCCCUUCGCAGACCUAUCUCCCAUGCACGCUGGAACUAAGAUUGCCAGGGACAACGCUCGACCGGUCAUUCCAUCGUUUGUCAAUCAUCACCUGCAAAGGAUCAUUGAUAUCUGUUGGAAUGCAGAUCCGAACAAGAGACCUCGGUUUGAGAAGAUACAGCCCAUUCUGGACAAGUUGGAGGUGUCCUGAUCACCCAUCAACCCACCAUUUUCAAACUGUUAGAGUAGUGUACACUCAUUAGCUACAGUGAUAUAGAGUGUUAAUGUCCGUGUAUAUGCAUAUCUUCAAAUAGAUUUCAAUGACUGCUCCUUGAGUGUUUGUUUUAGUGUUUUUACAUUUUCAAAUUGCUCUUAGAUCUA